GGAAUGAGAUUUUAGUGGCUUGUUCAGGAAGUUGCGGGCGGAGCCUUUGGCCGAGUCGCCUCAGUAGUCGCCACAGUCUCCGCCGCCAGUGCGGAGACCCCCCCGGACUGGCAGGGCCGCUGACGCGGGGCGUUAGACGGCGACCACGCCUGCGCGGGCCGAGGACUGAGCCGGAGACGCAGGAGGCGGCGGAGGGGCGCGUGCGGGCGGCUGUCGCCCAGCACCAUGGAUCCAAGCCUGUUGAGAGAACGAGAGUUGUUCAAAAAGCGAGCUCUUUCCACGCCUGUUGUAGAAAAACGUUCAGUAUCUUCUGAAUCCUCAUCCUCAUCCAAGAAGAAGAAAGCAAAACUAGAUCAUGGAGGAUCAUCAGGCUCGAAACAGAAUUCUGAUCAUAGCAAUGGAUCAUUUAACUUGAAAGCUCUAUCAGGAAGCUCUGGAUAUAAGUUUGGUGUUCUUGCUAAGAUUGUGAAUUACAUGAAAACACGACACCAGAGAGGAGAUACACAUCCUUUAACUUUGGAAGAAAUUUUGGAUGAGACACAGCAUCUAGAUAUUGGACCCAAACAGAAACAAUGGCUGAUGAGUGAGGCAUUAAUCAAUAAUCCAAAAAUUGAAGUAGUAGAUGGGAAAUAUGCUUUUAAGCCCAAGUACAACUUGAAAGAUAAGAAGGCCCUACUUCGACUCUUAGAUCAGCAUGAUCAGCGAGGCUUGGGAGGAAUUCUUCUAGAAGAUAUAGAGGAAGGACUGCCUAAUUCUCAGAAAGCUGUCAAGGCUUUGGGAGACCAGAUACUAUUUGUAAAUCGACCUGAUAAGAAGAAAAUUCUUUUCUUUAAUGACAAGAGUUGCCAUUUUUCUGUGGAUGAAGAAUUUCAGAAACUAUGGAGAAGUGUCACUGUGGAUUCAAUGGAUGAGGAGAAAAUUGAAGAAUAUCUGAAGCGACAGGGUAUUUCUUCUAUGCAAGACACUGGACCAAAGAAAGUGGCACCUAUUCAGAGACGGAAAAAACCAGCUUCACAGAAAAAACGACGGUUUAAGACUCAUAAUGAACAUUUGGCUGGAGUGCUGAAGGACUACUCUGACAUUACUCCUGGAAAAUAAUGAGCAGAUUAACAAAAUACAAAGUCAAGAGCUUUCUUGUUGAUGCUGUGAUCUGAAGACUGACUGUCUUCCCAUUGUUUCUUGGGACUAAAGAGAGGAGCAGUUCAGUUUACAGAACAAGUGGAAAUUAUCCACCUCAAAGCCUACUUUAAUAGAAAGGCGAAUGAGAAAUGUGAUAAUCCCUGUUAACCUUCUAUUACUUCUUGGGAAAAAGGUGCUUAGCGUGGCACACCAGGUGUGUUUGCUAUUAUCUCUACUUCUAAGUGGUCCCUGGUUCCAUUUUCCUCUUUCAUUAUUUUAGAGCAACUUUGCAGAUAGUCUCAUGUAUAAUUAUUUGUUUAUGCCAAAAAAGACCAUAUUUAUAAUAAAAUCAUUGGAAGACACUCAUA